CCGUUAGUUGAUCUGACACGCUCUUAAUAAUAUCCCCAUAUUAUUGCGACAGCCGUGGCCAACCAAUUAUGGACAAGGAUCGAGGCACCGUAGAUACUACCAACAAACAGGGUCGCGCAUCCUUUGGUUUGCCUAUAUCAGGCAGCCGACCCUCAUUUUGUUCAACUCGGCUAAGAAGCUGGGCUUCCUUCGUCUUCACGAUACAUUGAAGCGCGCAUCAUGUCAGACAGCAUCCCAGUAGGAGAGUGUGCGACUUUUACUAUAGCCUCAGGUGGCAUAUGUUUUGGUCACCUGCUGGAUAUAUAUCAAGCAUCACGCAUCCCGAUUCAAGCACCCCCGAACCACAACCUUUUCUGGAUGGUACCGUGAGGAGGCAUCAAAUUACUCACAACCUACCCGCCAGAAAUGGUACAUGGCGUACUUAUCCAUUGUCUCAAACAGAGCCGCCAUACGCCAUCAGUGCUUGGUUUGUAGCUCAUGAGACGGUCGACCCCAUAACAGAAAUAACAAAGGUUCUACGGGUGGCUGGCUCACCGUACGAGUACGAUUGCGGAAGUAGAGACAACAACGCCGUCACGCGUGAGGAAUGUGUUCUGUUAGUGAAUCGAUACGACUGGAAAAAGUCUGAGCGCAACGAAACUGAUACGCUUCCGAGCUGGCUGCAGAGCUCAGACCCUGCGGACAAAAAUUUUGGCACAGUGACCGACUUGGAUACGAUUGGUGUUAUUGACUAUACCAACGCAAUGGAGGCUGCUAGGAGCUGGUCAGAGUAUCUACCGAAUCAGAGGCUACCAUCACCAAAUGGACUAUGGAUGGACAUCUCGAAUGCAGAGUAUAUAUGGGCGCGCGCUGGCUUUGAUGACCGAUACAGCGAAGCUCGUUCCCUUCUUUGCUUCACCCAAUGGACAUCAUUCUUCAAAACAUCGCUUCCCGGCCAUACAGAGCCUCUUCGGAUGGAGGAGACAGACUUUGAGAGAUAUCAAAGAGGUGUACAUGAGGGACGAGACUAUUCCGGCUUGGCGUGGCUCCGUGAAAAUGAAACGCGUCAGCCAGAAUUGCAAGAUCCAACGUUGGGAUAUCUUCAUGAGCCCCCCACCUCGAACAGAGGAAUUAAUUGGCUCACACGAUAGAGAGAGGUUUCUACUAACCAUGGCGGAUCUUGAAGCUCUUCUUGCAAGUAGGCACCAAAGGGAACCUCAUCCAAUGUUGAAUGUUCAACCACAAGAUCUACCAAAAUGGAGACACGAAAACAGUAAAGUUGAUUUUGCAGAACCAUUUCGAGAUGAUAUACUGGAUCUGGUGAAUAAGCUCGCGAUGUGUUAUCUGGAGCGCCAGCUGCCCCUGUUGCGCAGGGCCAAUCUUGAAUCUGCGCCAAAGCUCUUAUUUCCUAAACAUGCCGUGGUUAUACAAUGGGGUGGGCCGCAUGUUGAUCAACUUCUUUAUAAAGAGUUCUCAACUCCGCCCAUAUUGGCCUUGGAUGCUAGUGGAAUUUGCAGACGUACUCGUAAGUUUGUGGAU